UCAAUCAGACAGUCCAACGGGAGAUUUCAAAGUGAACGGUGGGUCUUGGCGGAUUUGUGCGGUCUUGUUGUUGUUUUUGUGUUUUUGUUUUGCGGCAGAAAAACGCUUUCUUUCUUCGCUCCAUGAUCGACAGAGUCUGACAAUCACAACAAUCAAAUGGCCACUCAAAUAUGGAUAACUGCCUUGAUCUCCCUUUUAUGCAUAUCGCCGCCAUUAGUGGAAUGCAGACGACACAAUUUGAAAAUUUUAGGCUUAUUUCCGCAUCCGGGCGUAAGCCACUUUCACUUCUUUCAUCCCAUAAUGCGGGGCCUGGCCGAGAGGGGACAUGAGGUGACGGUCGUUAGCCACUUUCCAGACAAAAGUCCACCCGUGGGCUAUAUGGAUAUACCAUUAACCGGAAAGGAGACAUUAGUCAAUAGCGUGGAUUUAAAGUUUUUUGAAAAUCGCAGAUUUUACAAUCACUUCUUGGAAUUUUUUAUGCUCUAUGAAUGGGGUAAAGAAGCUUGCAAUCAUACCCUGCGUUCGGAGGCUCUGCAGAAAGUCUUGCGUAAUAAAGUUCGCUAUGAUGUGAUCUUGUUGGAACAAUUCAACUCGGAUUGCAUGAUGGGAGUAGCCUAUAUGUUGCAGGCCCCAGUGAUAGCUCUCAGCAGUUGUGCCAUGAUGCCUUGGCAUUACGAGCGUAUGAGUAUGCCCAUAAUACCUUCCUACAUACCUGCUCUGUUCAUGGGACAGUCCGAAGAGAUGACUUUUGGUGGGCGCAUAGCAAAUUGGAUCUCAUUCCAUGGCUUGAAUGCCAUGUAUAAUAUGUUCUCAAUACCAGCUGCAGAUGCAUUGGUUCGGUAUAAAUUUGGUCAUGAUUUGCCGUCGGUGGGUGAACUGGUGAAGGAGACCUCCAUGAUGUUUGUCAAUCAACAUUUUUCAUUGAGCGGUGCUAAACCAUUGCCACCAUCUGUGCUUGAACUGGGUGGAGUUCAUAUUCAGAAGUCGAAGCCCUUAGAUGUUGACCUACAACGUUUCUUAGACAAUGCAGACCAUGGAGUGGUCUUCAUAAGUUGGGGAUCCAUGAUCAGAGCUGAAACUUUACCUGCCGCAAAGCGUGAUGCUAUAGUCAAGGCUGCCAAACGUCUGAAACAGCGAGUCAUCUGGAAAUGGGAAAAUGAUACCUUGACCAAUAAACCCGACAACAUGUUCAUAAGCAAAUGGCUGCCGCAAAGAGACAUCUUGUGUCAUCCUAAUGUUAAGGUAUUCAUGACGCAUGCAGGUCUAAUGGGCAGCUCGGAGGCAGCAUAUUGUGGUGUACCUGUGGUGGCCACUCCCAUGUAUGGAGACCAGUUCCUGAAUGCUGCUGCCAUGAAACAACGUGGCAUGGGUGUUGUCCUCCACUAUGAGGACAUUGAGGAGAACAAUGUCAUUAAGGCCAUCAAGAAAGUAUUGGAGAAGCAAUAUUUUGACAAUGCCAAAAUGGUGGCGUAUGGUUUCAAGCAUAGGCCAGAGACUGCCCUACAAUCGGCUGUUUGGUGGGUCGAAUAUGUGGCCAAUACAGAAGGUGGACCUCUACUCCAGUCCAAGGCCAAACAUUUGUCACGCUUCACGUACUACUCCCUGGAUGUGUAUAUGAUAUUUGGAUUAAUUGGUCUCAUCUCUAUGAUAACAUGGGGUGUUCUUAUGCACAAAAUACGCCAAAGUGCAAAACGCAACAAAGCAAACAAAGUAAAAUCAAACUUUGAAAAACCCGGUCGCCGUUCUGAUGUUGACUAUCCCGAUUUUGCCAAGGAAGCCAUUACAAAAGCUCUGGCCGAUGCCAAAAUCUCUUACAAUGAAGUGCAACAAGCUACUGUCGGUUAUGUGUAUGGUGACUCCACGUCUGGACAACGUGCCUUGUAUGAAGUGGGUAUGACCGGCAUUCCAGUGUUCAAUGUGAACAACAAUUGUUCCACCGGUUCCAGUGCUUUGUAUUUGGGCAAACAAAUCAUUGAGUCUGGAAAUGCCGACUGUGUAUUGGCUUUCGGUUUUGAGAAAAUGGAACGCGGUUCGUUGUCGGCUAAGUACUUCGAUCGUGCCAAUCCCAUGGAACACCACAUUUCAAUUAUGUCGGAAUUGGCUGAAAUUGGACCUGGCCCUAUGGCUGCUCAAAUCUUUGGCAAUGCCGGUAAGGAACAUAUGAAGAAAUAUGGCACAAAACCCGAACACUUUGGCAAAAUUGCUUGGAAAAAUCACAAACACUCGGUUAACAAUCCCUACUCCCAAUUCCGUGAUGAAUAUACUUUGGAACAAAUCAUGAAAUCACCCACUGUUGUCGAGGGUGUUCUAACCAAGCUGCAAUGCUGUCCCACUUCUGAUGGUGCUGGUGCUGCUAUUUUGGCUUCGGAAGCCUUUGUACAUCGUUUUGGUUUGGAGGCACAGGCUGUUGAAAUUGUUGGCAUGGAAAUGGCCUCAGAUCCCGAGUCUACCUUCAAGGACAGAUCGCUUAUGAAAAUUGCCGGUUAUGAUAUGACCAAGAUGGCUGCACAACGUCUUUUUGGCAAAUGUGGCUACAAACCCACUGAUGUUCAGGUUGUUGAAUUGCACGAUUGCUUCUCAGCCAAUGAAUUGAUCACCUAUGAAGCUUUGGGCCUCUGCCCAGAGGGUGGAGCAGGAGAAAUGAUUGAUCGUGGCGACAAUACCUAUGGUGGCAAAUAUGUCAUUAACCCCAGCGGUGGUCUGAUCUCUAAGGGUCAUCCUUUGGGUGCUACCGGUUUGGCUCAAUGUGCCGAAAUGUGCUGGCAAUUGCGUGGUUUGGCUGAAAAACGUCAAGUCAAGGACUGCAAAUUGGCUUUGCAGCAUAACUUGGGCUUGGGUGGUGCCGUAGUUGUAACCCUUUAUCGUUUGGGCUUCCCUACUGCUGCCGGUGUGAAAUACAACCUAACAUCGGCCACCCACCCUGAUGGAGAAGGCUUCAAAGUGACACCUCUUUUGAAGUUGCUGGAACAGGCCAUGCAGGAAGAUCAAGAUAAUCUCAUCGAAAAGGUUCGUGCAAUUUAUGGCUUCAAGGUAACCAAUGGCCCUGGCGGCCAAAUCGGCUUCUGGACAAUUAACGCCAAAGAGGGCAAGGGCAAAAUCACCUACAAUGGCAAGGAAAAAUGCGAUGUUACCUUUGUUAUUUCCGAUGAAGAUGUCACCGAAUUGAUGACCGGCAAAUUGCCCCCACAAAAGGCCUUCUUCCAAGGCAAGGUCAAGAUACAAGGCAACAUGGGCUUGGCCAUGAAAUUAAUGGAUUUGCAACGUUCCGCACAAGGCCGCAUUGAUGCUUUGCGUGCCAAAUUAGUGCAAAGUGCCGUUGCCGGUUGGGGAUGUUGUGGCCUGCCAUGUGUUGGCAUGCCAUGCCACAAACUCCAAAUCUCCAAGUUGAAUGGAGUGAUUUAUCAAGAAUGUAACAUUAUUGUGUUCUUUGCAUUUGCUUUGGGAGAGGCAGAGGCAGAGGGAGAGGCGUCACCAUCAGCUUUGGGCUUUUUAGCCUUCUCCACUUUGUUGGGAGAAGCUAUUGUGGCCACUACUUUAUUGAUCAUAUUGUGUUCUAUUACCAUUUUGCGCAUAUCAAUUUUCGGCUCAUCUUUGGCCGCUUUCUUCUUUGUGGGAGUUUCGGGAUCGUCUUUAGGCGCUGCCGAAGAAUCAUCGGUUCCGCUUUCACUUGAGAGCCUGUUGCGGCUCUCCAUGUCGAUAAUCCUGGAUGCCAGAAACUAUUUCUGUGGCCGCAAGUCCUAUUUAGAGUUUAGGGAUUGGGAAUUCUCCAAGCAACGCAUAUAUCAGAACAUGAAGCAUUUGGUUUAUCUUUGUAUUAUUGUGCAUGUUAUACAGUUGUCGCCGGCGAUAGAGGCUAAAGAAAUUCUAGGCAUUUUCCCACAUUUUGGAUAUAGUCAUUUUAAAGUGUUUUAUCCGUUAUUGCGCAAUUUGGCUGAAGCUGGCCACAAUGUAACGGUCAUCACGCAUAUCCAAAGUUCGAAUAAAUUGGAUAACUAUGAAGAACUGCUGCUCAAGCAAAUGGAAGUUGUCAAUAUAGUGCCCUUGAGCGAAUGGAGGCCCAGAACAUGGAAUGGACUACUGAAUGAAUAUGUUGGAUUGCAUGAGGAGGGUCAAGAAUCAUGUGAACGUCUUUACGAAAGUGGCUACGUUCAAGAAGUACUGCGACGACACCAAGAAAUAAAGCCCUAUGAUCUGGUGAUAACGGAAUAUUUCAAUUCCGAUUGUCAAUUGGUUGUGCCUUAUUUAAUGAACACACCAAUUGUGGCCUUAAGCAGUUGUCUAUUGAUGCCCUGGUACUAUGAUCGUAUUCUACUACCGGAUACACCUUCGUUUAUACAAUCAGAAUUUAUAGGAUUCUCUACGCCACUAAAUUGGUUUGAAAGGCUGACAAAUUUUCUGCAGGCUAAGGUUUUAUCGUUAUUGUAUCGUUACCAUACCAAUCAGAAAGACAAUGAUCUCAUAUAUCGUCAUCUUAAUGUCACAGUGGAUGUGGCUGACAUUGCCAGACAACAGACGAGCAUUAUAUUUGGCAAUCAACAUUAUUCGCUUACGGGAACUAGACCUCAACCAACAUCAUUUAUUGAAAUCGGUGGUAUACACAUACAGGAAAAAGUCAUUGAUGAGCCCAUGCCUCGAGAUAUAGAUGAUUUUUUACAGACAUCUGGAAAAGAAGGAGUUCUUUUCAUUAGUUGGGGCUCUAUGAUUCGUGCUUCAACCAUAAGCAGUGACAAAUUGACAGCUAUUUUAAAGGUCUUGGAAAGAAGCAAUUUAAAGAUCAUAUGGAAAUGGGAAACCGAGGAAGUGCCGGUUAAAAAUGACAAGUUUUUAUUUGUUAAAUGGGCGCCACAGCUAACAUUGUUAUGUCACCCUAAAGUGAAACUAUUUUGGGGUCAUGGCGGACUUUUAGGCACCACAGAAGCUGUCUAUUGUGGCAAACCCAUGAUUCUUACGCCCAUAUAUGGUGAUCAAUUUGUGAAUGCGUAUGCUGUUGAAAAUCGUCAAAUUGGACGUAUUCUUAGCUACGACAAUAUCAACGAUAGCAGUUUGGAGGACGCAUUACAAACUGUAAGACAUUCAAGCUAUGCAAAGAAUGCCCAGGAUAUAUCAAAAAUAUUUCGUGAUAGACCUUCAAAACCUCUUGAAACAGCAACUUGGUGGGUUGAAUAUUUGCUAAGGCACAAACGUGCACCCGAGGUAUUGCAUUCUCAUGCAGUAAACUUGAAUUGGUUUAUCCUUUACUCUCUUGAUUCCAUUUGUAUUAUUGUAGUAACAUUGCUGUUGAUAAUAUUCGCUUUAAAAUAUACUCUAAAGUUAAUGAUGAAAAUAUGUCGAAAUAAGAAUGAUGAAAAGUUGAAGAAACAUUAGCCAAAUAAUUAGUUGUAAGUCUUUUCAUUAUUGUAAAUAUUGUCAUCUCAAAAGCAAAAUGAUAGAUCAUCUUGAGAUGGGAUUUAUUUCAAACAUGGACCCCAUGUAAAUAAAAGAUAAUCUUAGUGAAAUAUUUAUGCUAUAUCUAAGCUUAGGGGUCAUCAAACGCAGUUUGAUUUUAUACUCCAAGAGGACUUGAUAAGCUAUUGAAAACAUGUAGAAACAUUUCAAUUUGCUUUUCUGGUGAUGAUAUAUGUAUUUUUAAAUAGAGAAUUUUUAUACAUAAAUUUUUUUGCAAUAAUAAUAGAAGCUAAAAUGGAUUUAUUUUUCUUAAAUAAACUAUGAUGAAAAUGCGAGUUUUU